AGAUUGAAGCAAAGCCUGCCCUAACUCGCCGCUCUCCUGCCCCGUCGUUCACCACCGCCUCCACCGACCUGUUCCUGACGCCGCCCGCCGUUCCCCUCCCUUCUUCUCCGCUGCCGGCUGCCGCCACCUGCUCCCAACUGAGCGGCCAGGAUGCGGGUUAAGAAGCGUUCGAAGAACCGCAAAGCGGUCAAGUUCUAUUCCACCUGCUUCGGCUUCCGCGAGCCCUACAAGGUCCUCAUCGACGGCACCUUCGUCCACCACCUCAUCACCCAGCGCCUCCUCCCGGCCGAUGAGGCACUCCGCGACCUCCUCUCGGCCUCCAGGACGCCAGCCCUCUUCACCUCCAAGUGCAUCGUCGCAGAGCUCAGGCGACUCGGCAAGUCACAUGCUGAAUCCUUCGACUCCGCUCAGCUUCUCGCCACAACCAAGUGUGAGCAUGACAAGGUUGUCAGUGCAGUGAAUUGUGUCCUAUCACUGAUAGGUGAUAAAAAUCCUGAGCAUUUCUUUGUUGCCACCCAAGACGCUGAUCUCCGGGAAAAGCUAAGAGAGAUUCCUGGGGUUCCUGUAAUAUACGGACUGAAGAACUCCUUAUUUAUAGAGCAACCCUCUGUUCAGCAACGCAAGUUUGCUCAAUUGGACGAGGAGAAGCGUCUCAAUAUGGAUAUAUCUGAGUAUAAGAAGUUAAUGAAGGCUGCUUCAGAAGGAAAGACAACAGCUAGUGAAAAUGGAAGUGACGGAGAACAACACGAGAGGCCUAUCAGUUCUCUUGUAAAAAAUGCACUUGGUGUUGCAGAUAAAAGCAAGUUUAAAAGAAACAGAGCAAAGGGUCCAAACCCACUCUCCUGCAAGAAAAAGAAACCAAAGCCCCAGCCCUCAGCUAUUCAAAAUCAGGGGGCUACGGUUGAUGGUGAGGCAAAGAGAAAGAGGGUUCGUAAGCGGAAGAGAAGCCAGAAAGAUAACAAACAAGCAGAGACGACGAGCUAAAUGGGCUUGCAUACUAAGUUUCAUUUCUCUUGCUGCGUCUCCAUCUUGACCCCUGAGGCCUGAACCAGAACUUAAGUCAAUUAGGGGAGACUUCAUUUGGGGGGUGGGGGGACUUUGAAGACGUAUCUCCCACAAGAUUCAGGAUGUUAUGCAAUGCCAUGCCAAACUCCUAUGCUGACGAUGUUCCUUGCAAUGUAGUACUUGAUUGUUUGCAGUAAUCAUAAUCUCUAGAGGCUGUAGCUGGAAAUUUUUUGCAGCAAUAUACUACAUAUGCCAAACUGCCAACAGUUUUCCAAGCGCCUGUUUGCCUGGCUAUGCAAUCCCAUUCGUUAACCGUAA